GAUUGUAUACACCUGUGUCCAUGGAGGGGAUUGGAGCAACUGAAUCACAUGAUUGGGAGGGGAUUGGAACACCUGAAUCACAUGAUUGGGAGGGGAUUGGAACACCUGAAUCACAUGAUAUGGAGGGGAUUGGAACACCUGAAUCACAUGAUUGGGAGGGGAUUGGAACACCUGAAUCACAUGAUUGGGAGGGGAUUGGAACACCUGAAUCACAUGAUAUGGAGAGGAUUGGAAUACCUGAAUCACAUGAUAUGGAGGGGAUUGGAACACUUGAAUCAUAUGAUAUGGAGGGGAUUGGAACACUUGAAUCACAUGAUAUGGAUGGGGAUUGGAACACCUGAAUCACAUGAUAUGGAGGGGAUUGGAACACCUGAAUCACAUGAUAUGGAGGGGAUUGGAACACCUGAAUCACAUGAUUGGGAGGGGAUUGGAACACCUGAAUCACAUGAUCUGGGGGGCGGGGAC